GCCGUUCUUCGUUUCUUGUCUGUGAACUGUUAGUGCUCGCUUUAUGGCAGUGGCACACCUGCCUCACCUGACUCAUUCUCUGUCGCUCCUCUGCAUUCUUUUUUCAAGACGACACUUGUUUUUUAAGGUUACCCGUCUGGAUUUCUCUCGUGCCUCUUUUUCCCUUGCACAUAUUUUGGUCGUCCUCGUCAUCUUUCGUUUUCUCGCGUGCUCCCACGCAAACGACACCCAGACGGCUAGACCAGUCGUUGACAACGUCAUUUAUGUUCGCACCCUUUGUUACCCGUCUCGCGUCUUAUUUUCUUCUAUCCAAACUCCCUUUCACGGCCAACCCGUCGAGGUUUCGCUCCCGCCUUGCACUCGGUCUUGCCUUCGACGUCCGGACUACGCAGUCGCCAGGUAGCGUGCACUCCGAUACUUGUCUUCAUUCGCACCCGUCGUUGCCAUGCAGCGGUUGAAUUUUUUCUGCGUGGUUUUCUGACAACACCGGCAGUCCAAAUCCUUGUAUUUCCUCGUCAACGGGGAGUUUGCUCCCGUAUCCCGGAAAACUCUUGUCUACCUCAGGUCCGUGAUUGCACUCUAGACAGAAGGUGGGAGGCAAAAACGGAGGCACUCCAUGGCUUAAAGUAACAAAGAAGGGAGAUGACCAGCUCACAUCGAUAUCGAAGACACGGGUCCGUCAAUCCUUCAAAGUCGAAGCAGCUAUGAGUAAAGCUCCUACCUUCCACGCCUAUCGCACACCGCUGUCUUGUUCCUCUCGUCCUCUCCAGUCUUCCCCGAGCUUAGACACGCAGUCAUGGAUGCCAGCUGCAGCCGCAGCCGAGCAUUGGAGAGGCGAGAGAAAGGCGAGCGUGUGAACGAGAACGCGGUCUCUCUCUGUACUCCAGAGACGAUGACAGCGACCUCUCCAUCGUACUCUUCUCUGCCGUCUUCCUCGUCUCAAGAGGUCUCCUCCGACCCAUCCUCGCCGUCCACGCCUUGUCUGCGUCUGGCCGCUUCUGUGGCGCCCUCUCUGCCCGUGUCACCUGCCUCGGGGCCUCCUUGUAUCCCCCUCACGUCUCGCCAGAUCCCCGGUGCUCGCUCUGGAAAAGACAACACCUCGCUUUUCUCGCACUUUCUCUCGCCUUCUGGGCAGGAUCUCCUCUGCCUGCUUCUCCAGUUCCUCUCCUUGCAUGACAUUCUUGACCGGCUUCUGCCUGCUGCGAGACUCCUCCCCGUUGCAACCGCCUUUCGGACUCUUCACCGCCUCGCUCCUCCAAAGCGCCUGCGACCCGCGUUCGUUCAGUGGGCUUUGCCAGGCCACGAAUCUCCAGGAGAGUCCCCUCCACGGCAACUGUCUCCUUCUUCCUCAUCGUCUCUUUCUUCUUUUCCUGAGAAUCCGAGUGUCACGUUCUACACACCGCCUAGCAGCCGUGACGUGGGUAGGCUCUGUCGCCUGACUUUGACGCCCCAGCACCUCUCGCUCGUUCACCAGCCGUCUCUUUCCCUUCUGCUCUCUUGUCGCUCAACGGAAGAGAGCCGAGGCGCCGCUGCUCGUAUUGCGGACGGAAGAAGAGGCGAGGAAACAAACGAGGACGCAAAAGCUGAAUCGCGCGGCGGAGGAGCCUCCAUGCGCGCCUUCCGCAACUCUGAGGACCACAGAUGUAGUGCAAACCGCACUCAUGCGAAUGUCGUUUUGUCCCCCCAUCUCGAGAGCGGUGGAUGGGAGAUCGAGCUGGCCUGCUUCUCUGUCCAGCACUGGAAACACCUCAGGGCUUCAAAGGACCUUGGCGACUCUCCUGUGCUUCCAAGCGCCGGCUGUGGCCAAGGAAGCGAGACAGAAGGAUCCCGUGGGGAUUCUCUCUCGACGCAGAGGAGUCACGCAGCCGCGGCAGCACCCGCGAAAGACCCAGAAGUAAAACCGCAUGCGUCGGAGGCAGUCGAGGGACCUGAGAGAAAAACAGGGCGAGAUAUGGAAGAGAGACAGGGACGGGAUGCAGAGAGACAAUUCGACUGUGACCGUGAAGCUGGUCUGGGCCUCGGCGGCGAGGGGGACCGGCGCGAAGCCGAGGAAAGGCGCGAAUGUUUUCCUCUCCUAGCGUGCUCUGGCGCGCUCUCUGCACUGCGCAUUUCCGCCUCGGAAGUCAAUAGGCAUGCAGUGAAAGUUUUGCGAGAGACGGUGAUGCUGGCAUUGGCUGCCCUUGCGCGCGACAGUGAGCGAAACACUUCGAAGGAGAGCCAGAAAGAGAAGUCCCCUGGAGACAGGAGUCUCUCGGCUCUCGCCGGUAGGCCUGCAUCGCCCCACACCACUGGGGUUCUGUCUUCGUCUACAACAGAGUCUCCCUGCCUAUGUCUUCGAACCGACGCGCCUCUCGAUAUUCCCUCGCCAUUUUCAUCCGAUGCCAUUUUCGCAGCGGUUUCUCUCCAUCACUGCGGGGUGAGUGCUGCAGGUUUCCAUUCCCUUUGUGUGUCUGUUCUUCCACUCCUUGGUUCUCGCCUUCUGCGUCUCUCCCUGACCAACUGCCGGCUCGUGGCCGCCGACAUGUCUUCUCUGUCUCUGGCGCUGCUGCGGCUGCCGCGCCUCGAGUUUCUCGAUCUUUCAGACAACCUCCUGCAAGACUCAGGAGCGGUGCAGGUCCUUCUCGCUCUUGUCUCUUCCCACCGCCUGUUCUCGCAGGCCGCGCCGGACUCGCCAGAGCCGGAGGGCCGAGACGAGCGGACAGCGCCAGGACAGCAGGGCCUGGCGAGCCCAGAGAGACACCAUGCCGAGGGCGAGGACCAGAAUGAAACGUCUGGAGACGAUUCCGACGAGGGAGGUGAUCGAGGGAAGACGACUGCGUCGUUCUUGCCCGGGGGGCGCUUAAAAGGCCCACUGCACGCGCCUCAAAGUCCCGGACGUCGAGGCAGCGCCAGGCCUGCGGCGGAUCUCUCAUCUCACACUUCGGCGCCCGAGUCGCCGCCGCGUUCGCAGAGGCGCGCGCGGGAUACAGCGGGGCUGUUGAGUUUGAAUUUGAGUGGGAACGACAUUGAGGGCGGGCCUCUCUUUCGCGCGGUUCUCAAGGCUUACGUGGAGCGACACGCGCCGAACCUGGAAGUCCUCGACCUCUCGAACAACACCAUCGACGGCGAGACAGUGCUUCUGCUGCGAGCGGCAGUCGCUCACAGAAGGGCCGCUGCAGCUGCGAGGUGCGCGCUGAGAACGCAACAGACUUCAGAGCUCGCUGACGCUUUCUCUGGCCCUCUCAGCCGCGGCGCGGAAGGCACAAACGCAGUGGGCGCCGAGAGAAAACACGCGCAAGUGAGGAGAGACAGAGAAACUGUCUCUCAGUCCGCCACCUCCGCCAGGAAGGGAGUCACGCGCUGCAGCCGCGACGGGAGACCCGAGGCCGAGCGGCCUAGAGAGACACACUAUGGGAAGACAUGCCGGUUGUCUUCGCCGCUCUUCUCGCGGCUCGAAGGAGAACGAGCAGGAGAGGAAGAACGACAAGAGGAAGCAGAAAGGGGAAAAGAAGGAGAACGAGGGGAAGAAGCGAAGCUGAACCGGAAGAAGGGUGAAGAGAAGGGUGUGGUGUGGGCCGGGGGAAAGGCCGCGCAGGGAUGCAAACGCAGGAGAAGUCAAGAGGUCGUGAGUCGAGUGUCCCAGACUGCGUGGAAGAAACGACGAACAGCCCCCGAGGGAGAAGAAGAAGCGUGGAGGGGUUUGGUGAUUGACUUGCGAGAGAAUUUUUGCAGGUGCGUCAACAGCAGCAGUGGGGAGACGCAGGAGUCUCACGCGCGGCGGCCUGUGGGUUGUUUAGGCGUGAUCGACAACACGUUGCUCCCUCGCCAGAAAUGGCGGCGGUCACGCAGAGAGCAACCAGGAAGUCCGUUGGGCAAGGAACUCAAGCAACGAACGGAUCGCACCCCAGACUGGCAGUGCGGGUUUCUCCUUGAUGUCUGUGAUUGCCAUUUGAGGCGACGAAAAGAAGCAGAGAGAGGCGAUUCGCCCCUGCUGAGGCGCGCCAGAUCCCUCGAGAACCACAUCUCCUCCUGGGGCCAGCCAGAGCGCGAGGCGUUCCUCCACCUUCUCAGUUCCGACGCAACCUUCGCCGCCGACGUCCUUGCUGCAUGCGCCAUCCAGACGCCUCCAGAGAUACAGGUAGGAGAUCCAGAAGCAGAAAGUCCAGAAGAGGAAGAAGGAGCAGAAGAAGAAGAAGAAGUAGAAGACGAAGACUCAGAAGCAGAAGAUAAGGAAGAGGAGACGAGAAGUUCCAGGACAUCCGGAGAAGAACUCGAGACCGCACCCGCCGACACCGGCCUCUCAGGGGCGUCGCGUCACUCGCCGGCUCGAGCUUCGUCGCCCCACAGGGACUCGAACUCCCUGCCGGCCGCCCAGUGGUCGUGGGGUUUCCUGUCUCUGUCUCCGAAGAGUGCGACAAGUUCAGACAGCCGGAAGACGGGGGCCUUCUCUCUCGUGAAUGCAGAGAAACAUCAGCCGUUUUUUGAGGCGGGAGAGGCCGGGACGAGCCGCGCUGCUUCUUCGCCUCCACACGACUUUCAGAGCGCGGGAGAGAGCACCUGCAAAGACAUGCCUCUGCGCGAAGCGCGUCUUGUGCCAGGUGAUCCUUCCUCAAGUAGCGGGGCACCGGGUCCUUCUUGGCGAGUAUCGCCUUGCGCGCGACCCGCAGGUGUCUCCUCUCUGUCUCAGGGGCCUCGCGAGACGUCAGGUUGCUUCUUCGCCGAAGUGGAAGCGAGGGAAGGAGAGAAAUCUUGGGGUUCAAACGGCGAGAACUCGAAGCCUCUCCGGCCAACAAUCCCGUCCGUACCAAAUCUGGGGGUGCCGGCUUUGUCUUGUUCUCUCGGAGUUGCAGACGCCGACACCUGCGCGAGUGAGACCGCCUGCGUCGCCCUUUCCUCGUCUUCUGCAGGCGUCCACAACGAUCGCGUCCUUUCCUCGUCUUCUGCUCUGGAGGGCCUCUCUCGGCACUCAGAUGUUUCCGCAAGAGCUGCAUCUCUUCCCGCCGAGAAGACUCAAGUGUGGAGUGAGGCGGGGAGAGUCGACAGGCUGUCCACAUGUUCUUCGGUGCCCCGGGGGUCUGUAGACGCGGGCGAAGAUCGCGAGAGCUUGGAGGGGAGACUCGAAGAAGACAGAGGCAGCAGCGACAGCUCCACACUACUUGGAGGGGACGAAGAAGACGAAGAGGAAGAAGAAGACGGAGACGAACGCUGCUUUCUCUUCCGUGGACGCAACUGCCGGGUGCCUGCGAGUGUGUUGCUUCGGAAAAAGUUCAAGCAACUUCAGAAGCGAGUUUCAAAGGCGAGGGAGUCUUCUCUCUCACCCCGCUCUCGCAUCCGAGCACGCGUACUGCGGCGGCUAGUCGCCGACAGAGACGCGGAGAGCGAGGCGCCCGAGGCGAGAGAAGCAGAGAUCGUGUGCAAUGAUGGCGGAGUGAACAGGAAGAACAACGAAGGACUCUUACCGGCGAAGCGGCAGAGAGGCGAGGGAUGGGGCAGCGAAAACGAAGGUGAGGAGUCUGGAGGACAGCCUGCGGGGAAGCGUCUGGUAAGACAGGAAGGCGAGAACAGAGACAGAGAGGAACGAGAACGGACAGGAGAACUUGAUGGCGGUGUUGUCGAAGUAGAAACCUGUCAUCGACAGAAGGGGACAGCCGCAGCACAGCAGAGAGAGGGGGGCGUUUGUGAAAAGGUUGAGAGAGCAACCCAGGAGGGAACUCACUCGAGAGAAAACACCGGCGACGCUACCUGCGAACUACAGGAGGACGAUGAUGAAUCGUAUGACGAAAGUGAAGAUGAAAGUGGAGAUGAAAGCGGAAUGACAGACAGCGACGAAGACGACGUGGAUGAAGAAGAGGUGAACGACUUGCUCCUGGACGCCGCCGAAGAAGUGGAAGAAUGUUUUAUGAGUUCGAACAGAGGAAGCCGGAGGGCCGGGCGAUCGAGAUGCAUUUGACGCGUGUAGGUGUUUGACGGACUUCUUUGAGCGUUCCUCUUUUCCUCUUUCAACUAAACGGUCUGAUAAACGUGACUGUCUUUUACUGCUCUCUUCUCUCUCCAGCGUUCUCUCUCCUUACGUCUAUUCUUUAAGUCUCGAGUAUAUCUCCUCUUCGAAUCUCUCUUCUAUCUUCUGUUCUCGUUCUCCGCUCUCUCCUUGAAGCUCUCGUUAAAAUCUCUUUUCCUCUUGUUCAAGUCCUCUUUUCAACCAAGUUGUCUCUCGAGGUUGCUCUGCUUCUUCUGGCGC